UAAAGGCCAACGCACAAUAGUCCAGUGUGAGAGCUACUGAUCUCUGGUGAGAGAGUCCGAUGUUAUUGUGCGACAGCCCAGAAGUAUUUACUUAUUCUAUUCUGAAACGGUGGAGAAAAAUUUAAAGUAAACAAUGAAUCCUUUGACAAAUGUUAAAAAUAUUGCCAAACUUGGACAACAAGAACUAGAUGGAAAUUUAAAAACUUCAUGGCAUGAACAAUAUAAGGAUAGUGCUUGGGUUUUUGUAGGUGGCUUACCAUAUACUUUAACUGAAGGGGAUAUAAUUGCCGUAUUUUCUCAGUAUGGAAAAAUUGUCAACAUUAACCUAGUACGGGAUAAAUUUACUGGAAAACAAAAAGGUUAUGGUUUCCUGUGUUAUGAAGAUCAAAGGAGCACUAUAUUAGCCGUUGAUAAUUUUAAUGGAAUCAAAAUUUUAGGAAGAACAAUUAGAGUCGAUCACGUUGCAAACUAUAAGGUACCUAAAGUACCAAAAAAGCAGGAUACCGAAGAAAAAAGGUCUAAUAGAUGAUUACCAGUACGUCAUAAUUUAGAAUUAAAUUUCCUUCAAAUCUAUAUUUAUAAUUUUCUAAAUAUAUUUAGGAAAACUUGUCAGUAUUGUUCUUAAUUAUAUUGUUCUACAUUUAAUUUUGUACAUAAAUAAAAUGAUUUUACUAAUA